AUGUAUCAUGUUAAUAACAUUAUUUCUUGCUUUCAGAAAUACAAUGUGGACAUCAGCUCACCUCUGCCCAGCGCCCCGCCGCAGUCAGACCCACCAGCGCCGAGCGAUGACCGUCUCCCCGUGGAGCGCGGGCGGGCGGGCGGCGCGCCGGUGCGGACCCGCGGCCUGGCGCCGUUCGUGGCCGCCUCGGCCGACCUGCGCCGGCUGCUGGCGCUCGGCGUGGACGUGUCCGGCUGGGAUCGGCGGCCCGGCAUCCCGCAGCUGGUGCUGCGACUCCAGUGGGAGCGUGACAUGGCGCCGCGCAUCCGCUUCCUGCACGACGCCGGCGUGCCGAGUGACCGGCUGGCCGCCUUCAUCACGCGCAACCCGCUCAUCUUCAAGGAGCGACUCGACGAUCUUCGGGUGCGGGUCAACUAUCUGGAGGCGAAGCGGUUCACCCGGGAGCAGAUCUCCUCUGUGCUCUCCCGCGACCCCUUCUGGCUCAUGUUCAGCACGGCGCGCAUCGACCGUCGCCUGGGUCUGUACGCUGGUCUGUUCGGGCUCCGAGCGACCGAGCUGCGACAGUUAGCAGCCAAGUGCCCAGACCUCAUCACCAGCAACGUGCAACACGUCAAGGACUCGCUAUUCACAAUCAAAGAAGAGUUCGGGUUUGAGCGUGCAGAGCUGAAGCAGAUCCUUCUGGGGAAGCCGAAGGUGUUUAUGCUGUCGCGCUGGGCGCUGCAGGACCGACUUCAGUACCUUCACAACGAGAUGGGCCUAACGCACGAGCUGAUCGCCGAGUCGCCCAACGUGCUGACGUACCGCUCGUGGCGCGUGCGGCAGCGGCACCUGAUCCUGAACAUGCUGCGGCGCGACCAGUACGACCGCAGCCGGCCCGGCUACGUCAACCUGGACCGACUGGUGGGCACCACCGACGAGGAGUUCUGCCGCGAUGUGGCCCAGGUGCCGGUCGCCUCUUAUAAUGAGUUCCUCAAGACAUUGUGAUACGGUGAUGCUGUAUGUCUGAAUGGGCUGUGGUGUACCGGUUUUGAAUGUUUGAACAUGAAAUAAAAUGUUUUUGAUUUUGAACACUA